CAGUAUACGUUUGUGUCACAAUUGAUUAACUGGUGGCCUGCCCAUCCUGAACUGUAGUGAUAACAACGGUAGCGGCAGGGCUGACAGAUAGAUAGAAGGAGACCUUCUUGAUGUGCUAUGCAGGUGUAAGAUGGCUAAAAAGUUGCUUCUGGUUGAUGUUGAUUGUGGGGUUGAUGACGCACAGGCCAUCAUGAUGGCCUUAGCAAAGUCAGAUGUUGAAAUUCUUGGGAUAACCUGUGUGCAUGGGAACACAUCUCUGGAUAACAUCUGCCGGAAUGUGCUCAGAGUUCUCAGAAUGUGCAACAGACUAGAGAUUCCUGUGUUUAGAGGAGCAUCGAGACCCAUUGUUCAGAAGCCUUUGACUGCCUCCUUUUUCCAUGGGAAAGAUGGAUUGGGAGACGCUCCUGACCCAGACUCUCCAGGAUUAGAGCUACUGCAGAAGGAAGGUGCUGUGGAAGCCAUGAUCAGGAUAGCUACAGAAAAUGAAGGCCAGGUUUGUUUGGUUGCUACUGCACCAUUGACAAAUCUGGCAUUAGCAGUGAAGCUGGAUCCUACUUUCCCAAGCAGACUGAGUGGACUCUGCAUCAUGGGAGGCAACAUGGAAGCAAGAGGAAAUACCACUGUCUGUGGAGAAUUCAACUUUGCAGCUGAUCCAGAAGCAGCAUACAUCGUUUUGAAUGAAUACCUCUGCCCGACACAGAUUGCUACCUGGGAGUUUGUAUGUUACAACAAGCUGUCUUGGGAAUUCUGUGAUGAAUGGAUGGACCAAGACACUGAAAAGGCCAGAUUCAUGAGAAGAAUUUUUGCCCACACUAUGCAAGCAGCAAAGAGUAGUAGGGGUGAAAAAGAAGCGGUCAGUGGUUCAGGAUUUAUGUCUUGUGACUCCUAUGCAAUGGCUGCAGCUGUUGAUGAUACAUUUGUGACAGAAUCCCAAAAGUGUGCAGUGAGUGUGGAGCUGACAGGGACGAUGACAAGAGGCAUGAUGGUGGUGGACAAUAUAGGUCUGUUGAAGAAAGACCAUAAAGUCUCAUUAAUGAAGAAGUGUGAUCUGGAAAAGUUCAAGAAGCUAAUGAUGGAUGCUUUGAAGUAAUGUAAACAUUAAUAUGUACAAUUAAUAACUGUUACAUUUCUCCAUACAGUAUUCUCUAAUUGCUUUUUUUUUAACUGCAAACUCAAGCCUGAUUUAUCAUUGGUGCUCCCUUUACAUUCCAAACUUCAUACAUUUAUUUCAUU